AUGACCAAGAAGAGGAACAGGCGGGGCAGCAGCAGCACUGUAGGAAGACAGCCUCAACCACCCGACUCAUCACUUGUGCAGGCGCCAUUACCAAACUCCGACGAGCAGCUACUGCUUGGAGAGGAUUUGCUCAAUAUCCCGGGUUUAUGGCCCGAAGACAACCUGAGAUCUCAGGCCAGUGCUGCCGGCAUGGCAUCUACUCUGCCAGAGGAGGUCUCGUCACGAGCAAACUUCCUCGAAGAGUCAUUCGAUCAGCUGGAUUACGGGUGUCUUUCUGCAUUGGACAUAUUCUCCCCAUCUUCUUACAUCCAGAGCUAUACCUCCGGUACCCUUCCGUCCGGACCGCCACUAGAGAAUGAUCCGGACAGUUCACCAACGAAGAGAUCCUGCAGGCUAUCUCAUCUGUCCAACGACGACUUGGACUACCUUGGCAAGAAGGGAGUCUUUGUCCUUCCACCUCUGCCAGCACAGGAAAGCCUUCUCAAGGCAUACUUUCUAUUUAUCCACCCUUUCCUGCCUGUUUUGGCGGAAGAUGAGUCUUGGUCUGAAUACGAAGCUGAAUUCGUCUCGCCUGAGGUUGUCCUUCAACUGGGCUAUAAUACCGUCGCCGAAGCACAGGAGUCGUUAUUCGAGAAAGCCAAGCUACUCUUCGAUUUUGAAACUGAGGAUAAUGAACUUGCACUCGUCGGCUCCGCUCUGUUGCUAUCAUAUCGGUCGCCAAGGGCAGACCAAAAACUGGUCCAGAAGCCACUGUACUGGCUUGCUAUUGCCAUAUCGUUGACUAAAGAAAUAUCGAACAACCGCGGAAUACAGUGUCCUGACUCCAUGGGCUAUAAGGGACUUGUCAAGCGUUUACAAUGGGCUUGUGCUAUUCGAGAAUUGGUAAUUGCUCUUAGUUCUCGGAAUAUUACCGAGGUGGAGCCAUGUCUACCUGAGCUGCCUGUGCUUGAUGUUGAGGACAUUGAAGACUCAACGAUUCAAUCUCGGGUCUAUGAUAAGGAAGCAAAGCUACUAUUUAUGGCGAUGUUUCUCUCUCUCACGGAACUUACACGAUUGGUUGUCAAGAUCCGCCUCCAAAAGUCUUCGACGGAUUUUGGGUCGGGUGUAGAGCGGACAGCCAAAGAUCAAAAUGUGGAGUGUCUAUUCAGUGUUGAAAAGGCGAGUCUUGAACUGGCGGCAUGGCGAGACAAGUUCGCGAGGAAAUUUUCUCUCGAAACGACGACGUCAACUUUAGCCAACCUCAAAAUGCUGGUGUUCCAUCGAAAUCUAGCUCUUUUGUUGUGCGAGUCUCCCAUUGCUAUAAACUCUGGAAUUGUUCAUACAUUGCAGCGGCCGCUAUACGAGUUUACUCAAUCUUCGGAUAAGCAAGAAGGCGUCAAGCUCUGCAUCAAUGUGCUGGAGGAAAUGCAACAGCGCUUUCCAGUUGUGAAUGAUAUGAUAGCUAUGCUUUAUGCUGCCAUUCAAUUCGCAGAGCGGGAAGUCGCAACCUACAGCCUGAACAACACAUCCUCUACCGAGUUUGGCUGUGGGAAAGACCUUCUAUCUGGCUCGGAUCAAGAGAUGAUUGUUCGAGAGGCUUUCAUCAUCUCAAGAACAAUUCAUUUUCUCGAUGGGCUGUUCUACAAAGGCUAUCACAAUUCAUAA